GGGCAAUAUGGGCCUGAACUUCCAGGGUUCCAAAGGAGAAAAGGGUGAGCAGGGCCUCCAAGGGCCUCCGGGGCCACCAGGGCAGAUUGGCGAACAGAAGAGACCCGAAGAUGUCGAAUUUCAGAAAGGAGAUCAGGGUGUUCCAGGUGACCGAGGCCCCCCAGGUCCCCCUGGACUACCAGGUCCUCCUGGCCCUCCUGGUGGUGGAAAAGGUGAAAAAGGUGAGCAAGGAGAACCAGGCAAAAGAGGGAAACCCGGCAAAGAUGGAGAAUCUGGACAGCCCGGCUUGACUGGUUUACCUGGUGAUCAGGGUCCUCCUGGCUUUCCGGGAAGAGAUGGAGAAAAGGGUCAAAAAGGGGAACCUGGUCUGAUCGGUCCUCCUGGACGUGUAAUUCCAAGACCUGAUACUGGAGCUGUUGUUGGACCAAAAGGUAGCAAAGGUCUGCCAGGAUAUCCUGGAGAAAAGGGCGAGCGUGGUUAUCCAGGCCUGCAAGGCCCACCUGGAGCACCUGGCCUUCCAGGAAUCCCUAGCACAGGCCCUGCGGGGGCUCCGGGUUUACCUGGAGAGAGAGGACAGAAGGGAGAGUCAGGGCCCCCGGGCCUCGCCAUACCAGGGCAGCCUGGAGUUGAUGGACGGCCGGGACCCCCUGGUCCUCCGGGACCUCCCGGCCCACCAGGGACAACGGUUCCGCCUGUUGACCGGCUCUGUGAGCGAGGACUUCCCGGGGUUCCAGGUCUCCCGGGAGAGCAAGGAUUUAUGGGUGAAAGAGGCCAGAAAGGAGACAAGGGAGAUACCUGCUUCAACUGCAUAGGAAGUGGUAUUCCUGGACCUCCUGGUGAGCCAGGAACGCCAGGGUUUCCUGGAAGCCCAGGUUCUCCUGGUAUACCUGGGCCGAAGGGAGACAAAGGUUUUCCUGGUUUGGUUGGUCUUGUUGGGCCACAAGGUCUUCCUGGCCCUCCAGGUAUCCCUGGCCUUCCAGGUCCGAAAGGGGAUCCGGGGGAUGUCCUUGCUUUCCCUGGAAUGAAAGGUGAAAAGGGAGAUCCUGGCUUCCCAGGCGCUCCAGGGCUACCUGGAUUAGAUGGUACACCUGGAAAAGAUGGGCUGCCAGGCCUUCCCGGGCUGAAAGGAGAGCCGGGGGUCAUCUCUUUCAAGGGUGAGAGGGGGCCUCCUGGCGAUGCAGGGCUUCCUGGACUUACCGGUGAUCGAGGGCCCCCGGGGCCCCCUGGGUUUGGCCCACAAGGUCCACCAGGAGAGAAGGGCAUUCAGGGUGUUUCAGGACGCCCUGGACCCCCGGGGGUCCCAGGACCCAAGGGAGAACCAGGCCAAACUAUUACAGAGGCUGGGCCACCGGGAAACCCCGGCGCUCCAGGCAGAGAUGGCGAAGUCGGCCGAAAACUCAUAAAAUGA